AUGUUGGCAUCACGGGCAUUCCUCGCCAAGCAGGCCGCAGCGAUGCUGGUGCGCCAACCCGCCUGCCUGGUGCAUCAUGGGGGAGACUGGGGGAACUGGGGCAACACCAACAUCGCUGUGGUUUUCUCAGGCUGCGGUUGGUGGGAUGGAACUGACGUCCAUGAGGCUGCGUACACCAUGUACCACUUGAGCCGUAAUGGAGCCCGUUUUCAGAUCUUUGCUCCAAACCAGCAGCAGAUGCACGUCAUGGACCACAUGAAGAUGCAGCCCUCUUCAGGUGACAACAGGAACAUGAUGAUGGAGUCUGCACGAUUCAGCCACGGUCAGGGCAUGAUGCAGAUGAACGAUCUGUCCAAACUGGACGCCAACAGCUUUGAUGCGGUCAUCUUUCCUGGAGGCCACGGAAUCGUCAAGAACCUGUCCACCUUCAGCAAAGACGGUAAAGACUGCAAGCUGAAUAAUGACGUGGAAAGAGUUCUGAAGGACUUCCACCGCGCUCGCAAGCCCAUUGGUCUGUCCAGCAUGGCUCCUCUCCUGGCGUGCCGAGUGCUGCCGAGUCUGGAAGUCACAAUGGGUUAUGAACGCGACGAGAGCAGCCGCUGGGGCCGCUGGCCCAACACCAACAUGGUGCAGGCGGUUAAGAGCAUGGGGGCCCGCCACAACACCCGUGAACCCUACGAGGCCUAUGUGGACGAGAAAAACAAGGUGAUCAGCACUCCAACCUUCAUGUGGGAGACUGACUACCACUACCAUUACAUCUUUGAUGGCAUCGGGAACAUGGUCAAGCAUGUCAUGCGUAUGACUGCCAAGUGAUUCUCGUGGGAUGCAAGACACUAGA